CCCCCGAUCUCCCCCUCCCCAGCCUCCCUCGGGCCCCGAGCGAGGCUGCACCGCCCUGGGGUGCAGUCCCGCUGCUGAAUUCCCUGCCGCCCGCAGCCCUUCGGGGAGUGGUGCCAGCUGCAGCCCAAGGAUGCUGCCAAGAUGCCCGAGAGUGCCUGGAAGUUGCUUUUCUACUCCGUGUCGUGGUCCUACGGCGCCUACCUGCUCUUCUGCACCGACUACCCCUUCUUCCACGACCCCCCCUCCGUCUUCUACGGCUGGCAGCGGGGCAUGCCGGUGCCCGGGGACAUCGCGGUGGCGUACCUGCUGCAGGGCAGCUUCUACGGGCACUCGCUCUACGCCACGGCCUACAUGGACACGUGGCGCAAGGACUCGCUGGUGAUGCUGCUGCACCACCUGGUCACCCUCACCCUGCUGGCCUCGUCCUACGCCUUCAGGUACCACAACGUGGGCGUGCUGGUGCUGUUCCUGCACGAUGUCAACGACGUGCAGCUGGAGUUCACCAAGCUCAACGUGUACUUCAAGCACCGCGGCGGGGUCUACCACCGCCUCAACGACGUCGUCUCCAACAUCGGCUGCCUGGCCUUCAGCGUCAGCUGGUUCUGGUUCCGUCUCUACUGGUUCCCCCUCAAGGUGCUCUACGCCACCUGCCACUCCAGCCUGCAGUCCGUCCCCAACAUCCCCUUCUACUUCUUCUUCAACGCCCUGCUGCUCGUGCUCACCCUGAUGAACAUCUACUGGUUCCUGUACAUCGUGCUGUUCGUGGCCAAGGUGCUGCUGGGGCAGAUGCAGGAGGUGAACGAUGUCCGUGAGUACGACGUGGAGGAGAGCAGGAAACCCGGGAAGGAGGCUGGGAUCCAGCUGCCCCGGGCUCUGAAGGAAGGGCUGCACCUCAAGAACGGCCUCGUGAAGGACAAGAGGUUGUGAGGGCGGCGUGGCCACGGCUGCCAGGGCCUGGCACUGCCAGGACCCUGCUGGGGACCCUGCCAAGGACAGCCCCACGGAGAACUUCACCCCUGCCCCUGCCAGCCCUGCCCGCAGCCGGGAGGACACGCCACUGCCAGGACAGGGCCCCUGGGGGCUGGGCAGUGCCCUGUGCCCGGGCCGGGGGCUCCCUGUGGCCCCGGUGGGCUGUGCUGGCCCGGGGGGGGCUGGGGCUGCCUUUGUGUCCCUGGUGUUGCUCCACGUUCUCAGCCCCGCUGUGACACCCCCUGGACCCUCCCUCCGAGCCCCCUCAGCUGCUCCAGCUCCAGCCUGGGCAGGGAGCUCCUGUCCUGCCUGGGCAGGGGGCCCCGAGGCCAGCUGUGCUCCAGCUGUGCUCCAGCUGUGCUCCAGCUGCCACCCAGGGACUGCAGAGGUGGCCUUGGAGGAGUCACUGGCACCUGCAGCUCCCAGUGCAGGAAAUCCAGCUCAGGAGCUGCAGCCCAGCCCUCUGGAGGAGGCCCAGGAGCUUCAGUUUCCUUGGGAAAAACCCGUGCAGGUUUUGGAGUGGCCUAAAAAGGGUCCUGCAGGUCCCUGCUGGGGGAUUCCCCCCAGGGCUGUCCCCUCGCUGAAGGAAGAACAGAGAGUUCCUGCUCCUGGGAUGGAUUUCAAAAAAAACCCAGAGAAUUCCUUCUCCCAGGGUUGGGA